CUCUUGAGAAACAAUGGAUUCCUCUACCUCGCAGCCAGAUCUUACCACCGAAGCCGGCAUGAGCGCCUACUUGACCGCCCGCUCCAUUUCACACACCAGCAUCACUCUCCUCACAGGCGGGAAUGUGAAUUACGUCUACCGCGUCACGUGCCCUUCCGAAACCUCAUCUUCAUCCUCUACUACUUCCGAGUCCAUAGCUUCGCAAAAAGAAAGGACAUUCAUCUACAAACACUCGGAAGCUUACCUCCACUUCUCGCCAACCUUUGCCUUCGACCCCGCGCGUAUGGACUACGAGAACCACGUUUUAAUCGUUGUACCUGAGCUCAUGGAUCGAUAUGUGCCCGGAAAGGUAUGCAGUGUUCAUUCAGCGAAACGGUAUAGUUAUGACGCCGAGAAGCGAGUCCUCUGUUUAGAGGACGGAGGGGAGAGGGAGUUGAAGAAGGCGUACGCGGAUCCUCUACUCAACAUUCCGGCCAUUGGUACGGAGAUGGGACGAUGGAUCGCUGCGCUACACAUGAGCACAAAGAAGACAUCGUUGUCGCUCACCGGAGCCAAGGACGAUGUGGAUUUGAAGGCUAAUAAUCCGAUCGGGGUGGAGAUAUAUCGGUACUCUUACAACAACCUCAGCGAUGCGUUUGCCAAGUACGGGCAUGAUGUGGAGUUGGCAAAUCGUGUGAAUGAGAAGUUUGGGAGCCGGUUGGCUGCGGACAAUGAAUGUUUGUGUCAUGGAGACUAUUGGCCGGGUAAUGUGUUGGUCAAGUUCCGAGAUGAGCGACAAGAAGAGGUCGAUCUCACAGUGGUGGAUUGGGAGAUUACUCGUCGUGGGACCAGUGCCACAGAUGUUGGUCAAUUUGCCGCUGAAGCUUUCCUGUUGGAUAGAUUUCGUGGUGAUAGAGGGAUUCUUGCGGCCUUUUUGGAUGCCUAUCUCACGGAGAGAGAUUUUGGUGCAGGAGCGGUGGAAGGUGUGGAUGAGCAAGAGUGGAUCACGAGAAUGCUGGUCCAUUGGGCUGUACACAUCGCGUUCUGGCCUACACGAGUGGAGUGGACUGAUCGAGAAGGAACACAAGAUCUUGUCGAUAUGGGCAGGGCGGUUUUGAUAAGUGCACUUGAUGGUGAUUGGGCGAAGUUGCGCAAUUGUCAAUUGCUACGGAGUGCUGGUGGAAGACUCGCAGAUAUUUUGGCUUGA